AGCCCAACCAUCCAGUGAAAGGCAGAGAAGUAACAAACCACUGCAACCGACACUGAGGGGGAAAACAAGAUAAGGUGACACCCUGGAAAUGGCCUCAGACAUCCACAUGCCAGGCCCGGUGUGCCUCAUUGAGAACACUAACACGCAACUAGUGGUUAAUCCAGAAGCUUUGAAGAUCCUGUCUGCCAUUACACAGCCUGUAGUGGUGGUGGCCAUUGUGGGUCUCUACCGCACAGGCAAAUCCUACCUGAUGAACAAGCUGGCUGGGAAGAAAAAUGGCUUCUCUCUGGGCUCCACAGUUCAGUCUCACACCAAAGGCAUCCGGAUGUGGUGUGUACGUCACCCUAAGAAACCAAACUACACCCUAGUUCUGCUUGACACUAAGGGGCUGGGAGAUAUAGAGAAGGGUGACAACCAAAAUGACUCCUGGAUCUUUGCCCUGGCAAUAUUGCUGAGCAGCACCUUUGUGUACAAUAGCAUGGGGACCAUAAACCAGCAGGCCAUAGAUGAACUGCACUAUGUGACAGAGCUGACAGAAAAAAUAAGGGCAAAAUCUUCACCUGAUGCAAAUGAGGUUGAGGAUUCAGCUGACUUUGUGAGCUUCUUUCCAGAUUUUGUGUGGACACUGAGGGAUUUUUCCCUAGAAUUGGAAGCAAAUGGGCAACCUAUCUCAGCAGAUGAGUACCUGCAGAAUUCACUCAAACUCAAGCAAGGUACCAGUCUUAAAAAUGAAAAAUUUAACCUGCCCCGACUUUGUAUCCGAAAGUUCUUCCCAAAAAAGAAAUGUUUUGUCUUUGAUCGGCCCACUCAUUGGAAGAAACUAGGCCAACUUGAGACAAUGCAUGAUGAUGAGCUGGACCCCGAAUUCGUGCAACAAGUUACUGACUUCUGUUCCUACAUCUUUAGCAAUUCCAAAGUCAAAACUCUUUCAGGAGGCAUCCAAGUCAAUGGACCCCGGCUGGAGACUCUGGUCCUGACCUAUGUCAAUGCCAUCAACAGUAGGGACCUGCCCUGCAUGGAGAAUGCCAUCCUGGCCUUGGCCCAGAUAGAGAACUCAGCUGCAGUGAAAAAGGCCAUUGCCCACUAUGACUGGCAGAUGAGUGAGAAGGUUCAGCUGCCCACAGAAACCCUCCAAGAGCUCCUGGACCUGCACAUGGCCAGUGAGAAAGAGGCCAUUGAAGUCUUCAUGAAGAAUUCCUUCAAGGAUGUAGACCAUUUAUUUAAAAAUAAAUUAGCGGACCAGCUAGCAAAAAAGCGAGAUGACUUUUGUAAAGAGAAUAUGAAAGCAUCAUCGGAUCGCUGCUCAGCUUUACUUAAGGAUAUCUUCCACUCUUUAGAAGAAGAUAUAAAGCAGGAGAUUUUUUCUAAACCUGGAGGGUAUCGUCUCUUAAUGCAGACUAUACACGAGCUGAAGAAAAAGUAUCUUCAGGAACCCAGGAAGGGAAUACAGAGUGAAGAAGUUCUUCAGACAUACCUGAGAUCCAAGGAGUCUGUGAUUGAUGCAAUUCUACAGACAGACCAGAAUCUCACAAAAAGGGAAAAGCUGAUUGAAGUGCAACGUGUGAAAGCUGAAUCUGCAGAGGCUGCAGCAAAAAUGCUGGAGGAAAUGCAAAAGAACAAUCAGCAGAUGAUGGAGGAGGAAGAAAAGAUUUAUCAGGAACAUGUGAAACAAUUGACUGAGAAGAUGGAGCAGGAGAGGGCCCAAUUAAUGGCAGAGCAAGAGAGGGCUCUGUCUCUUAAACUUCAGGAACAGGCCAUGUUACAAAAGGAAGGAUUCCAAGAUAAGAGCAGACAACUUCAGAGAGAAAUAGAGAAUCUCAAGAAUAACAUGGCAAGAAGCAGGAAGAAAUGUAUCUUAAUCUAAAGACCUAAAGGAAAGAGAUUCCCUG